CAGGCAAGGAAACAGGUUCAGAGGCGUUGAGAAAACGAUCAAGGCCACCUGGCUGGACAUUGGCAGAGCCUUGCACUCAAACCUGCUGGGUCUCAACUGCUUGCCAGGCGCAGGACUCUAGACCCAGGCAGUUCAGGCUGGAGAUGAGAAGGGGCGGGGGAGCAGUAGGUAUGCGACCCCAGAGGAACCCUCCUCCUCGAUCCCCUCUACGUGCAUGUGGGGCAGGUCGCUGAGGGUUUCGGGGUCGCAUCCAGCCCGGUGCUUAGGACACGAGGGGCCGAGGGGCUGCGGGAAACUGAAGCUGCUGUGAGAAGAAAGAUGAUCUAGCAGCAUUGACUGGACCUGCCAUAGCUUGUGGCCACAAGAGGGCGCCCAGGAGCAGGGCCCGGCCCCUGCUCCCAGGCCACAUCCCCGCUUCCCCGCCCCAGCCCCUUUCCUGUUUCCCCGCCCAGGGCCCCAUCCGCCGUUAGCACUCGCCUGUCUGCUGUCUGCGCAAGCCCACGCCGCUCCCCAGCCUGUUUGUGGAGUUCUGGGAGCCUCCUUCCUGCUUCCCGAGGGACCCCACCCUCUCCGUGGCGGUCUCCCUGCUCCACCUGAGCAGGGUGUUCUGUGGCUCCUCACCAGCCUGGCCUUGAACCACAGGUGCUUCACCAGCACGACGGCAGGUAUGGCAGGUGUGGAGCAGCAGGAGGGCACCGUCCAGGUGCAGGGCCAGAGCCUCUUCUUCCGGGAGGCUCGGCCGGGCGGUGGGCAGGCCGCCCGAUUCUCUGUGCUGCUGUUGCAUGGCAUCCACUUCUCCUCUGAGACCUGGCAGAACCUGGGCACACUGCACAGGCUGGCCCAGGCUGGCUACCGGGCUGUGGCCAUUGACUUGCCAGGUCUGGGGCGCUCCAGGGAAGCAGCAGCCCCUGCACCUAUUGGGGAGCUAGUCCCCAGCAGCUUUCUGGGAGCUGUGGUGGAUGCCUUGGACCUGGGCCCCCCAGUUGUGAUCAGCCCGUCCUUGAGUGGCAUGUACUCCCUACCCUUCCUGACGGCCCCUGGCUCCCAGGUCCGGGGCUAUGUGCCAGUGGCCCCCAUCUGCACUGACAAAAUCAGUGCUGCCGACUAUGCCAGUGUGAAGACCUCAGCUCUUAUCGUAUAUGGAGACCAGGACCCCAUGGGUCAGACCAGCUUUGAGCACCUGAAGCAGCUGCCCAACCACCGGGUGUUGGUCAUGGAGGGGGCAGGGCACCCCUGUUAUCUUGACAAACCUGAAGAGUGGCAUACAGGCUUGCUGGCUUUCCUGCAGGGGCUAUGACGCCCAGCCCUGCUGACGGGAGUGGGCUGCUUGCCUGCCUUGGGCUCUCUCUCUCAUUCUGUCCCACUCCCUCCAUGGGCUCCUGCUCAUCGUGCAUAUGCAACAGGUGUGUCUGUCUGGCUAUCUGGGUUCUUGUUUUUUGGGGUCUGUCUGUCUUUUCCUCUUUCUUUUUCUCUUGCAGUGACAGACUGAGGAGGUGAAAUCAAGAGAAAAAAAUUCAAGGGACGUAAUCUGGUGGAGGGUAAUUCAUUAGUUGAGCUUCUCCUAUAGGCUUUCCUGCUGGGCUUGGACUCCUUCCUCUGCUCUGUCCAGCCUCCCCCUCCUGCCUCCCACCUCCUGCUUUGGCUGCUCCGGCAGGAUACUCACACCCCCUACCCCUCCCUCUUAGGCCACAGAUACAUACAUGCCCACAUGCAUGCUUAUACAAUGGAGCCAUCUGUGUUCCCAAAUAUGACCCUUCACUUGGGAGCAACCACAUGGUACAUGCAACUCUGGACUGACAUGCACACUGUCACGUGCAGCUUUGCAUUGCAUGCACAUACACACAUGGAUACUCGUGCUUCCACAUAAGCACUUGCACAGGCACAUAUGCCCUCCCAACCAUGCAGCAUCCCAGUGUCUGGGAAGGUGGAGACCCCAAGGGUCAGCUCUUGCAAGAGAUCCCCUGCCAGGCUUAGAGUGUGGCCAGCCCUGGACUCCAUUCAGCCACAGGUUGCAGCUGGCCCUAGACCAGAAUUGCCCCCCAAAAGGGGAGGGCCACCCCUUCAACCCUUAGAUCUCCCUGCUUUUCUCCCCCCUUCUGGGCGUUCCACACCUCUCCAGGUGUUUAGGCCUGGGUCUUCUCAGCCAAGCUUGUUUCCUGCUCUGAGGUUUGGGGGAUGGGGAGACGAGAGUAGAGGUCGGUGAAAUAAAGUGAUGCAAUUAGA